GUGUCUCUUCGUGUGGAUAUGCGGAGAAAAUCAGAAGGUCGCGCCUAUCUUAUCAUGCAUCCAUCGGUGGCGGGACGCUGGACUACGGUACGCAGACACAAACAGGCACAGGAAAACAUGUGAGUGCACAUCUGCAUGUGUGUCUGCGCCUUGCUGUGUCUGCGUAUGUCCUGGCAGGUGCGGUGCAGGAGGAGAUCUUGUUUUCGAUCGAGCCGGAGUGCCUCGUCGCACGCCACAUUUCCCCAAAGCAAUGCAGCCCACAGAGGCCUUCCUAUCGUCGGCUCCAAGACAUUCAGCAAAACACCUGGCCACGGCCGCGAGACCCUCAGCUUCGCCGGUCACGCCCACCACACCGCCCCCAUGAGACACAUCGAUGGCCAUCCGGUUCUGAACAGGUCAUCGUGGUGCCGUCAACUUUGGCAACGCGUGUGGGUAAAUAUGAAGCGGGUAACAUGCGAGCGGAGCCUCGGUGUGCCCAAGGUUACGGAUCGUUCCAUCUGUCUGUGCAGGUGAACGAUGAAGCUGACAUACAUACAGACAUGGUGCUGCCUGAUGACAGCUAAAUGAGUCGUUCUUUGGUUUGUCACCGCCGUCUUUCGUUGCUGCGUAUUCAUACGACAUGUUUUCAACAUUCGUCUUUGGGGGUAUGCAUGCGCCGACAGUGUACUGAGUGUCAGACAGCACAUUCCCCUUUGAACAAUCCAAGUGCACAUAUGCAGAGAAGGAAGAAUGAACAAGUGAGCAAACG